AUGUUGACGUCAACUGUCGCCGUCAAGACUGGCUUUCUCUAUGCCGCUGGCAAUACCCCAGCUACCAGUGUAACAAAAUCAGUGCCUCAAGGGCAGGAUGUCGACAUCUUGUCACUCGGCUGUGGUGACCUGCGCAAUAUUCUCUAUACCACCUACCUCGAGAAAGGGCUGCCGCAGAGAAAGAUUGACAUUACCUGUUGUGAUGUGGCCGAGCCCAUCAUUGCCCGCAAUGCUUUCUUCUUGACUUUCCUUCUGGGCGAGCAUUGCAAGUUGAGCAGCGAGCAGCUUUGGAAUGUUUACUACCACCUUUUCGUUGAUGAAGAGACUGCCUCUGCCGUGUCGGAAACAGCUACCAAGCUGAUAAACGUAUCAAAGUCUCUAGAUGACUGGAACACCAGCAGCUAUGGCAAAUAUCUUCGAUUCUGCGAUGCCGAUACUCUGUCAGAUAUUCGUCGCGUGUGGAUGUCCAUUAGAACUGCAGCAGUCAAGUCUCAGUCGAGUAGCUAUAUGGAGACCUUUCAGGAGAACAUCCAGCCAUCCAGGGGCUGUCGCGAGGAAAGAUUCCAAAGAAAUACCAACUUGACAGCUAUGCGCUCAGCCGCACCGCUUUCAUUACAAGCGGGGCCAGUACUUCUUGAGGCAUCUGAGCAGUAUUGGAAAGAUGGAACAGUCACGCCGCGCAAGGCCGAAGACAAGCUACCAAACCCGCUCCUUGCUAGUCUCCUCUCGGAAGACAGCCUCUUACACUACGGAAGUGACCCUGUCCUAGGCUUUCAUCUGGCUACAGCAUAUGCUACGCUUCUUGAUGGCUCGCCCCUCGAAUCCAAGGAGCCAAUGCAAGGAUUCGCCGCUUCCAGCGCAGCCAAGAUUCAAUUCAAUGAGUGGAUAUCCGCGUUUAAAUCGUUGAAGGAUAACAUAGUCAUUCGUUUUGCCGUUACAGAUGCGUUGACUCUUUGUCACAGCUUUCAAACCGCACAUGCAACUGGAAAACCCGCUAAUCUGUAUCGACGGACUUGGGACUCACGACCAUUGACCUUGGACUCGAAGAGCUACGGAAAGGGUGGCUCGGGCCCAUCAUCUUUUGAUGCCAUCGACACCUCUAACCUAUGUGAUCACAUUGGUGCUCUCAAUAUUCUUGUUGCAGCUGGCCCUCUACUGAAAGACGAGCCAUGGUCGUCACUGUUCACAGAGCUUCUGAUCAAGCCUGAAGGUUCACGGAAAAAUGCCCUUGAGAAACUUCUCUGUGGUCAUGCGCCUACCAUCUCGCUACUUCUUGGUUUCAGCCCUGUGCAGUACUGGACCAACGCAAAGGUUGAAUCACACGUAGAUGAGAUUUUCAUUGGGCUUAUGAAUGAAACCAAGGGGGAGACUCAAACGCGUAACCGACUGGCUUGGAAACGAGACAACCAGUUCUCGAGCCAGGCCAGGCAUGGAAAGCUGCACAUCGACUCGAAACAGUUGAUUAAGCUCCUCUCACCACUUUACGAUUACAUGUUCGAGGCCGAAAACAUAUCCAAGGCAGAAGAGGGGCAUCAGAGAGCAAUGUCCUAUUCUCACUUUAUCCGUACAAGCUUCGCCGCCAUGCUCAAAAUCGUCAUGAACCGAGUCGCUACUGAGUGGUCGAAUAUGUGUUCAUCACUGAUUGAUACUAUUGCUCAAGAUCAUCGCUUCUUCUUGGCCAGUAAUGGCAUGCAGGACCUUUGCCUCCAGCUCCACCUCCAUGGUGUCAAUACAGAGCCUUGGUUGAUACAAGAGAGCAGAAGUAUCCCUGAGAACGGGGGAUUCAACCGCUGGAAGUCUCUUCCUCCAGUGGUCGCUAUCACAGUUGUAGUUCCUAGACAAGCUGUGAAUCGACUUUAUAAGCAUAAGAAUCAGGGCGCCAAGCUGGCCUCGCCCCCGCUUGUUGGGUCGGUGAGGUCCAGCCAUGGUGCCACAGAAGCAUGGCAAAACAUGUUUGGAGAUGUUCAGAUUUCUUUUGGCAACGUCGAAACGAAGAAGAUGCCCAAUGAGGAUGAGUUUGAAGUCACGAUUCAAAGAGACCGGGAUGGCUGGGCUGGAGAUUCUCCUCUGAUUGCAUCUUUCUAUGUGCCCACUUCAACUCUGCAGAACGAACCCAACUCAGCCUUGGUAGGACUCUGUGUCCCACCGACGGGGCAAAACUCUCUCGUCUUCGGGCCUAUCCUUGGAAUGACCAUGACUGUCUUCGAGACCCGUACCGCUGACAAUUCAAACGUGUUUGUGACGAAGCAUCUGCCUGGACAAAACGCUUAUCCUCUGUUAUGUAGUGCUGUGAAGCCUCUGGAAAACUCGGUGAACCAAGGUCAAGAGGACAAAGCAACAAAGAUUCUGCUUGAGAUAACACCUUCAGAGUCUUUUAUUACUGCUAUUACCGGACAUUUGGACAUAACUUCGAAGAAAGGCAAGGCACUUCUUAAGGAUAAGGUUCCGAUCGAGUUCCAUCAACGAAACCCAUUUACCAUUGAUAUUGUGUUUGGCGAUAACCAGUACACUUGUCCUCUCAAGUUUCCACUACCCGUCACAAAGGAUGGGCUGAAAUCACGAGUUGCUCGAACAACAGGUUACAUAGAAUUGGUAGCGCCUCUGGCACAGCCAGGGUCAUCUCCUGAGCUCCUGGACUUUUUGUGCCCCUCGGCAAUCUCUACUGCUGGUAUUCCAGUCACUCUCAACAUAACCCACCUGAAUCUAGAUAAUCUCCCUGUUCUUGACCUGGAGAGCAAAGACAGAAACCGCUGGAUGACGACAUUGACCUCGCUACAAUUUUCCGCACGAGAAAAACACCUCCGCAACACUCGUGAUGAGAACGACAUCUCACACGAUCCGGUUGUAAACUUCAAAGAAUCCCUCUUUACCAUGUUCAUGCUUGCCUCAGGAUUACAGGGUGGCCAGACUGGCUUGUUUGCUAUCAGCCACCCGAAACGGGGCGGAAUCCAUAUGCUGAUCUUUGUAUCGGCCAUCAGAAUUGACGGCGAUGCUGCCUCUAUUGUUCUAGACGCAGCCGUCAUUCCAUUCACCAUGGACCUUGUCACAUCCGGGCGAAUGCAGUCGUUCCUCCUGAUUCUCAGGGAGCUCGAGUGCGGUAGCAUCGACGUGGACGACGGAGAACUGGAUCUCUGGAAGAAAGCCCUUCCCUCUAUGGUAGAACGAUGCCGAACCUGGUCUCAUAGCAAGAGCUGUGAGUAUAAGAAGAAAGGGGCGACCAUCCCCCUGAGUCUCAAGGAUAGCGAGCAAGUCCUAUGCUCGUGCGGAAACGGCAAUCUGCCCGAGGACUUCGUAUCCUUACCUGAAUGGGAGAACGCAGCACCGAAUGCAGUUCGUCUUGCGAUCAGUCCAACAUAUGCAAUUCCGUUCAACGAAGAAGUCAUUGAUCCUGCCGAGAUUCCCAGCAUGGGGAACCCAGUCACUCGGAUUGAACGUUGUAGAAGCUGUGGAAAGCCAGAGGGUCAAGCGGGAGUAACUCUCAAGAAGUGCUCGCGUUGCCAACAGGUCAAAUAUUGUUCAGGGGAGUGCCAGAAGAAAGAUUGGAAGAAGCAUCGGGCGGAGUGUAAUUAG